AUGCUUUCACUCUCUAUUUCAACCCUGGGUUACAUGAUUCUCUCUCUUUCUCUCAGGUCACACGCUUCUCUAUUUCUCACUCUCUCUCUCAUCACACAAUUCUCUUUCUCUCUCUCUCUCUUGUCACACAAUUCUGUUUCUCUCUCUCUCUCUCUCUUGUCACACAAUUCUCUUUCUCUCUCUUGUCACACAAUUCUCUUUCUCUCUCUUGUCACACAAUUCUCUUUUUCUCUCUCUUGUCACACAAUUCUCUUUCUCUCGCUUGUCACACAAUUCUCUUUCUCUCUCUUGUCACACAAUUCUCUCUCUCUCUCUCUUGUCACACAAUUCUCUCUCUCUCUCUCUCUUGUCACACAAUUCUCUUUCUCUCUCUUGUCACACAAUUCUCUUUCUCUCUCUUGUCACACAAUUCUCUUUUUCUCUCUCUUGUCACACAAUUCUCUUUUUCUCUCUCUUGUCACACAAUUCUCUCUUUCUCUCUCUUGUCACACAAUUCUCUCUUUCUCUCUCUUGUCACACAAUUCUCUCUUUCUCUCUCUUGUCACACAAUUCUCUCUUUCUCUCUCUUGUCACACAAUUCUCUCUUUCUCUCUCUUGUCACACAAUUCUCUCUUUCUCUCUCUUGUCACACAAUUCUCUCUUUCUCUCUCUUGUCACACAAUUCUCUUUUUUUUUCUCUCUCUCUUGUCACACAAUUCUCUUUCUCUCUCUCUCUCUCUCUUGUCACACAAUUCUCUUUCUCUCUCUCUCUCUCUUGUCACACAAUUCUCUUUCUCUCUCUCUCUCUCUUGUCACACAAUUCUCUUUCUCUCUCUCUCUCUCUCUCUUGUCACACAAUUCUCUUUCUCUCUCUCGUCACACAAUUCUCUUUCUCUCUUCUCACACAAUUCUCUUUCUCUCUUCUCACACAAUUCUCUUUCUCUCUCUUGUCACACAAUUCUCUUUCUCUCUCUCUUGUCACACAAUUCUCUUUCUCUCUCUUGUCACACAAUUCUCUCUCUCUCUCUCUCUUGUCACACAAUUCUCUCUCUCUCUCUCUCUUGUCACACAAUUCUCUCUCUCUCUCUCUCUCUUGUCACAAUUCUCUCUCUCUCUCUCUCUUGUCACACAAUUCUCUCUCUCUCUCUUGUUGUCCACAAUUCUCUUUCUCUUUGUCACACAAUUCUCUUUCUCUCUUGUCACACAAUUCUCUCUCUCUCUCUCUCUCUUGUCACACAAUUCUCUUUUUCUCUCUCUUGUCACACAAUUCUCUCUCUCUCUCUCUUGUCCACACAAUUCUCUUUUCUCUCUCUUGUCACACAAUUCUCUUUUUCUCUCUCUUGUCAUGCAAUUCUCUUUUUCUCUCUCUUGUCACACAAUUCUCUUUUUCUCUCUCUUGUCACACAAUUCUCUUUUUCUCUCUCUUGUCACACAAUUCUCUUUUUCUCUCUCUUGUCACACAAUUCUCUUUUUCUCUCUCUUGUCACACAAUUCUCUUUUCUCUCUCUUGUCACACAAUUCUCUUUUCUCUCUCUUGUCACACAAUUCUCUUUUCUCUCUCUUGUCACACAAUUCUCUUUUCUCUCUCUUGUCACACACAAUUCUCUUUUCUCUCUCUUGUCACACAAUUCUCUUUCUCUCUCUCUCUCUUGUCACACAAUUCUCUUUUUCUCUCUCUCUCUUGUCACACAAUUCUCUCUCUCUCUCUCUUGUCACACAAUUCUCUUUCUCUCUCUCUUGUCACACAAUUCUCUUUCUCUCUCUCUCUCUUGUCACACAAUUCUCUUUCUCUCUCUCUCUCUCUUGUCACACAAUUCUCUUUUUCUCUCUCUCUCUCUCUUGUCACACAAUUCUCUUUUUCUCUCUCUCUCUCUCUUGUCACACAAUUCUCUUUUUCUCUCUCUCUCUCUCUUGUCAUGCAAUUCUCUUUUUCUCUCUCUCUCUCUCUCUCUCUCUCUCUCUUGUCACACAAUUCUCUUUCUGUCUUUCUCUCUCUCAUCACACAAACCUCUGUCUCUCUCUCGUCAUACAAUUCUCUCUCUCACUCUUCCCACACAAUUCUCUUUUUUUCUCUCUUGGGUUAAACUCUUCUCUUGGGUUACACAAUUUUCUCUCUCUCCCUGUGUCUUAAGUUACACAAUUCUCUAUCCCUCUCUUUAUCUUGGUUUACACAAUUUGCUAUCUCUCUCUCUCUCUCUUCUGUUCAUGCCAUCCUCUUUCUCUCUUGUUCUCUCUUUGUAUCAGACAGUUCUGUCUCCAUCUUGUAACAUACAAUUAUUUUUCUCUCUUUCUUGUAUAGCACAGUAUUCUUUUAAUCUCUUAUCUCUUUAUCUCUCUCUUUCUCACACAAUUUUUUUCUCUACCUUUCAUUUAUCAUUCUCUUGCUCUCUCAUAUCACAAUCUCUCUCUCUUCCUCAUAUUGUAGAAUCUCUCUCUCUUCCUCAUAUUGUAGAAUCUCUCUCUCUUCCUCAUAUCUCUUCCUCAUAUUGUAGAAUCUCUCUCUCUUCCUCAUAUUGUAGAUCUCUCUCUCUUCCUCAUAUUGUAGAAUCUCUCUCUCUUCCUCAUAUUGUAGAAUCUCUCUCUCUUCCUCAUAUUGUAGAAUCUCUCUCUCUUCCUCAUAUUGUAGAAUCUCUCUCUCUUCCUCAUAUUGUAGAAUCUCUCUCUCUUCCUUUUAUUGUAGAGUCUCCCUCUCUUUUUAUUAGUCUCUCUCUUCCUCUUAUUGUAGAGUCUCUCUCUUCCUCUUAUUGUAGAGUCUCUCUCUCUUCCUUUUAUUGUAGAGUCUCUCUCUCUUUUCGUCUUAUUGUAGAGUCUCUCUCUCUCUCUUCCUCUUUCCUUAGUCUCUCUCUCUUCCUCUUAUUGAGAGUCUCUCUCUCUUCCUCUUAUUGUAGAGUCUCUCUCUCUUCCUCUUAUUGUAGAGUCUCUCUCUCUCUUCCUCUUAUUGUAGAGUCUCUCUCUCUCUUCCUCUUAUUUCUCUCUCUCUCUUCCUCUUAUUGUAAUCUCUCUCUCUCUUCUCUUAUUGUAAGUCUCUCUCUCUUCCUCUUAUUGUCUCUCUCUCUCUCUUACCAUGCAAUCUCUCUCUCUCUCUCUUACCAUGCAAUCUCUCUCUCUCUCUCUCUCUUACCAUGCAAUCUCUCUCUCUCUCUCUCUCUUACCAUGCAAUCUCUCUAUUUCAUAAUUCACUUUCUCUCUUUUUUUUUAUCAUACAAUUUGUCUUCUCUCCCUCUCUUAAUACAAUUCACUCAUACAAUUUUCUUUCCGCCACUCAAAAUCAAACAUAUUAGAUUUCUUGUAGAGAAAAAGACAGGAUUAUAUUUCAAUCUUAAAUUAGAAAAAGAAAGAUAA